AUGUGGCCACUGCUGGUGGGUGCUCUCACAGCCUUGGUUGUCCUGGCCAUGGUCCUCUUUAUCCAAUACUGCAGCGCCAGACCCACCAUCUUCUCCCUGGAGUCUGUGCGGCCGCCCGGCCCACUGGUGACGGACCAAAAGAAGCGAGAUGAGGUGCUGAAGAGAGGUUUCCGGGUGGACCGAGUGCCACAGAAUCCGGACGCCAUUGUUAUUGGCAGCGGGAUCGGUGGACUGACAGCGGCCGCGGUUCUGGCGAAAUCGGGGAAACGGAUCCUGGUGCUGGAGCAGCACGACCAGGCGGGUGGCUGUUGCCACACCUUUGAGAAUCAGGGCUUUGAGUUUGAUGUUGGGAUUCACUACCUGGGCCAGCUGCAUGAAAACAGCUUGCAGAGGGUAGCCCUAGACCAGAUCACCGAGGGCCAGCUGGACUUUGUGGAGCUGGAGCAGCACUUUGACACUGUGAUCAUCGGGGAUGGUGACGAGCGCAGGGACUAUCACAUCCACUCCGGCAAGACCGAGAUGGCCGAGAGCCUCAGACGGCAAUUCCCAGAUGACACAGGGGCCGUGGACGAGUUCAUGAGGCUCAUGAAGGUUUCAGCUCGCCAUACCCCCCUGCUGGCUGCUCUGAAGAUGAUGCCGCUGAGACUGUCCCGCUUCCUAAUCCGCACUGGCGUCCUCGGCCGCAUCUCACCCGUGUUCCGUCUGGCUUCCACCAGCCACUCUGGCAUGAUGGCCACCCUCACCCAGAACAAAGAUCUCCACGCCCUGUCUGCCUACCUCUUCUAUGGAGUUCCCCCUAAAGACUCCAGUUUCCUCAUAAAUGCCUUGCUGCUGCACCACUACAAGCGAGGGGCCUACUACCCCCGAGGAGGGGCCAGCGAGUUCGCCUUUAAUAUCAUUCCGGUCAUCCAGAAGGCAGGGGGUGCUGUGCUUGUCAGAGCCCCUGUGCGGAAAAUUCUUGUGAACCAGGAGGGUACAGCAUAUGGUGUAACCAUUAGGAAAGGCCAGGAGGAUGUCAAGGUGCUGGCCCCAGUGGUCAUCUCCAAUGCUGGUGUGUUCAACACCUUUGAGAGGUUCCUGCCUCCAGAGAUACAGGCCAAAGCAGAAAUCCAGUCUCAGCUCAGCAUGGUUCAGCACGGCAUGGGUUCCUUUCUGGUCUUUGUGGGUCUUGAUGGCACAAAGGAAGAGCUGGGUAUUGUCUCUACCAACUUCUGGAUGUACAAACACAAUGACUUAGACCAACUGAUGGAACAGUACAGUUCCCUGAGCCGGGAGGAAGUGGCCAAGAACAUUCCAAUGAUGUUCAUCACAUUCCCCUCAGCUAAGGACCCCACUGCCAGCAUCAGGCACCCAGGGAAGUCCUGCAUGACCCUGCUGACCAUGGCCAAGUAUGAGUGGUUUGAGGAGUGGAAGGACACUAAGAUUAACAGGAGAGGGACAGACUACAAGGACCUCAAGAUGAGCAUCGCUGGCGCACUGCUGGACUGGGCCUUGGUUAUUUUCCCCCAGCUCCGAGACAAGGUUGUGUUCAUGGAUGCAGCCACCCCUCUAACCAACAUGCAUUACCUGGGUGCCCCGCAAGGGGAGAUGUAUGGGGCCGAGCACAACCUGGGCCGCUUCAGCCUAGAGACUGUGGCCAGGAUGCGGGCCCAGACACCAGUCAAGAACCUCUACCUCACAGGCCAGGACGUGUUCUGUAAUGGGAUGGCGGGGGCGCUGCAUGGCGGGCUUCUGUGUGCCUCGGCAGUCCUGGACCGCACCGUCUACAUCGACCUGCUGGCGCUGAAGAAGCAGCUGAAGUGGCGAAAGGCCCGGAAACAGGCCUGA